AUGGGGUCUUCGUUCACGAUGAGGUCCGUCCUCGGUCUUCUGUUCCUGUGUCUGGUCCAGCUCUCCUCCGCGCUGCACUUCGACCUCCCCGCCGUCAGCGGCAAGAACGAGCGAUGUAUACGCAACUUCGCCCUUAAGGAUCAGCUGGUCCAGGUGACUGCUAUUGUGGGUGGUACGAAGGGUGACGGGCAGGUCGUUAAUAUGGAGAUUAAAGACUCCCUGGGCAAUAACCAUGGCCGUCCUAGGGACAUCGUCGGAGAGACCCGUCAGACAUUCACUCCUCCCGCCGACACUUCCUUCGACGUGUGUUUCGAGAACCUGCUUACUACCGGUAGGGGCAACCUCUACCGGUCCAUUGAACUCGACGUCGACAUCGGUGCCGACGCCCGGGACUGGUCCAGCAUCCAACAGCACGAGAAGCUCAAGCCCAUCGAGGCCGAUCUCCGCCGGAUGGAGGAGAUGGUGGCCGAGGUCGUCAGCGAGAUGGAGUACCUACGGGCGCGUGAGCAAAAGCUACGCGAUACCAACGAGAGCACCAACGAGCGUGUCAAGUGGUUCGCUUUCGGGACGAUGGGUAUGCUGAUGGGAUUGGGUGCUUGGCAGGUGGUUUACCUGCGGGCUUAUUUCCGAUCCAAGCAUCUCAUCUAA